GUAAUUUUUUUUCUCAUACAGUAACACUGUGUAAUGGCCAGCCUGCCAUUUUCUAUUUUGUUAUCGUGAGAUUAGUGAUCUCGUGCAUUUUGUUUUGUUAUUUUGUGAAAAUGAUUCGUAAUAAUUCUUCAGUUAUUAUUCCUGAAACAAUGCCUUCGUCUGUGCUUUCAAUGAAGUCUAGUGAAGCCCAAAGGGUGUCUUGAACACUACUUUAGUUAAUUCAAUUAGUUUUAUAAUUUUUAGUAAUUAAAAUAUUACUUAAUUUUAUUAUUUUUCUUGUUUCAUAAUGUUGUCACACUGUAUUGCCAACUAAAACAAUCUUAUCUUUUCUGCUCAAGAUAAACACCAUUCAGGUUUUUGUAUAUUCUCAAGACAGUUGUCUUCACAGUAGAUAAGUGAUUUUUUGUUAUUUUUAUUCUUUUCUUAAAAUUAUACAAUGGCUUCAAGUGACCCUGAAAUUAAGGAUGGAUUCACACUUCCUGCUUGGAUGAAAACUAAACCUGUAAAAGAGUUCGAACCAUUCGCUGGAUCGCCGCCCGCUCCUGAAGAUUCAUUCUUCUACAUCCGAUACCCCAAGACCGACGUGUUGUUUGGGAAGCCAAGAUUCGACCAAGAGGCCCCCAAAGUGUAUGCCGAGCAGUCUAACGAAGUCAAGGCCCCCUCAGCUUAUAACAUAGUCAAGGAGAAAGACUGGUCGAAGCACACGAAACCGUGCCAAGACGUGCUCCACGGCAUUGCCCCAAUAAACACAUCUGUUAACUCUGUUACUUCUAAGCCGAAGCCAGCGGGCACCGACGACGGAUUCAAAGGCGAGGGCGCGGCAUGCGGCACUUCGAUUGUCAAGGUGGCUCAUCAAAUAAUAUCAUCGAAGUCGUCUCGCGGGUUCACUGUGGCUUCCCCUGAGGAGGAGCACGCGGUAGCUCCGGAGAUGCACCAGUACAGCUUGAUGCACCGCCGUGGUAGUAAGAGCCUUCCCGCCACGCCGGCGCACUCGCCGCCCGGCAGCCCUUCCAGCCGCAGGAGGAUUAAUGGCAACCGUUUCUUUACAUCGCCUUACGAACCAGUGGAGGACGGUAGCGCACAUCGGUCGUGGUUGUCUAUGGCGUUGCUGGGCUUGAAGAAAGAUCUCACCACGUCGACCUCCACGCUGGCCGAAGAAGACAGUCUUGAAGUUCACACGCUCGCUCACGGUAACCUUGCGGAAUCCGUAGAAAACCUCGGUCCAUCGCCAAAGAGGAAAGAGACGCUCAACACCAUGUCUCACGAGCCGACCACUCAACCAGCAAAGCCCGCGAAACCUCAAGCCUACCGGCCCAAGCCCUCAGAACUACGCGAAAUGAACUUCUGGUCUCCAACCUCUAUGUGAAACUACUGCGGGAGUUACGCUUUACUAUGCUAUGACCACAUUAAUUGCGUAACUCUUAGCUUAAGGAGUAAAUAAUACACGUCUCUCUAACGUGUUUAACGCACAAUAGCGUACGAGUCCCGCUGGACUAUGAAGUUAUGCAGAUUAUUUUUUUCUGAUAGCUGUAUGUUCUUGUGACUUUCUCUACACUACAGGGUUUCGUCGUGUAGUGUAAGGUAGUAAGGCUUUACGAAGCAACCGAGAUUAUUUUGUAACCUGUAUUUCUGUCGGGGUAAUUUUCAAAGCUGUCUGUUUGCGUUUGAUAGUUUUGCCGCGACAAUUGACACAAAGGGGUUCCCUAACUUGACAUCUUAAAUAUUUUCUGCUGUAUUCCAUUAUUAUUAGGCGUACUGAGUAGCUCAUUUUAUAAACAAUAUUUGUAGUCAUUGUUCUUGGGUGUAUUUUAAGAAUUCAUCGAGGUUAGUUACUAUCUUAGUGUGUCCAAUUUCUUCAUUAUUUGCAUAGGGAUAAUUAUGUUACGUAACAACAGAUAAAUUGAUCUAUCUUUAUAAUGAAGUCGUUUGAUAUUAAGAAAUAAUGUUUAUUAUCCUUAAAUAAUAUUUUGUGACCUUACACUAUGGUAAUAAUCGAUAUUAUUAUUUUGUAUAAGAAUGAAUUCUAUGAGUGCAUGUAAUUAUGUAUGACACGUUCUGAUAUGAAUUAUGUGAUCUUAUUUAUUUAAAAAGCGCGUAUUUUUUCGAAUUCGGAAACAUUGUGUAUGUAUUGUGUAUUGAAACUUGUAUUAUAUAAGACUUAAUUAAACGUAUUUUUAUAAUAAAAGAAAAAAGUUGAAAGCUAUAUUGUCAAACGCAUAAUACAUUUAUAUUAUUUGAGCAGAACUUAUAAGAUUGUGUUUAGAUUUAACGAUAUUCUUAAAUCCAUUUUCUUACUGAUAAUAUUUCUAAGCACAGGUUUUACCACGAAGACGAUAUUUAAAUAAUAAAUAUUGUUGAUCUACACUAA